AUGGCGUCCCUGUCCGAAGGCAACACGGCGGAGACGGUGGCCGACAGGGCUAAGGAGCAGUACGACUCGGAGAAGAUGAUGACGUUCUAUCAGCUCGUCAUGGGCGGAGGCGGCUACGAUAUCCACUACGGGAUCUACCGGGAGGAGGGCUGGGGCGUUCAGGAGGCCUCGAGGGCGACCACGGACUUCAUGAUGAGUCUGAUGGAUUGGAUGCGACCACUUGGGGAGGAUUCCAAGGUCCUGGACAUCGGGUCCGGUCACGGGGGUGCCAUGCACGCCAUGGUGCAGAAAUACGGGUGCCACGUGCACGGGCACAACCUGUCGGAAGAACAGAACCGCUUCAACAUGGAGGAGUGCAAGCGGCUGGGAAUCCUGGAAAAGGUGUCCACAUCCGUGGGGAACGUCAAUGACGGAUUGCCGGCGGACUGGGAGGGCGCCUACGACUUCGUGCACAGCUGCGAGGUGUUCUGUCAUGUGGCCGACAAGGCCCAUCUACUCAAGGAGGUCUGCAGGGUGCUGAAGCCAGGAGGGAUCCUUGUCUUCUCUGACAUCAUGGGAGCAGACGACGCCAGCGAAGAGCUUCUGAAGCCAUUCACAGAUCACAACGCCACCCUGAAAAUGGGGCGGCCCAAGGCGUACAUCGAACAACUGAAGGAGUCUGGGCUGGUGUAUGUUGCCUGGGUUGACAUGUCCCACCACCUCAAGAAGUUCUUCCUUCAGAUGGUGGAGCAGAUAGACAAGCACACGGACGCCCUCUUGUCCACAGGGUCCACGACGGAGUACUUGAACAACUGGAAAUCGGGCCUCACCAACAGGGCUGACAAGCAUGCUGCAUUUGCGUGGGGAUUCUUUUGCGCCCGAAAACCAUGA